AUGUAUGAAGGCCAAGCUACAAACAAAGCUCUAGGGUUCAGUGGUGUGAACUAUGAUUCAUGGAAAAUCAGAAUGGAAGCAUUCUUAAUGUCUCACUCCUAUGAUGUCUGGCAUGCUGUUGUGAAUGGAAUUGUGGUUCUUAGUCCUGAAAAUCCCUUUGAAGCUGAUAAAAUUACUGGGGCUAAUGACGGUAAAGCCAAACAUGUCCUUUACUAUGCUUUAAAGCAACAAGAGUUCAGUAGAGUCAAGAAUUGCAGGUCAGCUAAAGAAAUGUGGGACUCUCUUCAGGCUGCCCAUGAAGGAAGUACUGUCAUUAAAGAAAACAAGAUUCAGCUCUACAAAGUUCAAUAUGAAGCUUGUAAGAUGGAGGAAAGGGAAACUGUAGCUGAGUAUUUGUUUAGGAUCAAUGAUAUUGUCAAUAUGAAAUCCCUUAGUGAAGACAUUAAAGACUCAGAUGUUUGCAAGAAAAUUCUCAGGUCUCUUACACCUAGAUUCAAUGCAAAGGUUACAAUUCUUGAGGAUCAAGACUUAUCUCAAAUAAAGAUUGAUGAUAUACAAGCUUCUCUUACAGCCUAUGAAAUAAGAAUUGGAAUGCCAACUAUUCAAAGAAGAGAAGCUGCACUUAAAGUCAAAGAAGUUACUGAAGAAUCUGAACCAAAGUCUAAGGAAGAUGAUCUUGAAGAGGAUGAAGUGGCCUAUCUGUCAAAGAAGUUCAAGAAAUUCAGAUUUAAAAAGAGAAGUCAAUCUCAAAAUCUAACUUGUUAUGGAUGUGAUUGGGAUUUAGUUUCUGAAGAAGACAAACAUGAGGAACCAAAAGAAGAUGAGUGUUUAUUUUUGGCUACUCUUGAAACACCACAGAAAACAACUGAAGUUGAAAAAGAUAGUGAAGACAUUGACUCAAAGAUUGAAGAAAUACUUGAAGAAUAUGAGAGGCUUGCUGUGAAGUUCAAUCGACAAAAGUCUCAACUGAAAGCCCUUAACUCUGAGCUGCAAAAAUCCAAACAACUUUUUAUUAAACAUUUCAAACUUAAGCUAUCUACUUUAUGUUCAAUUUCUCUUAUCUUCUCAAGUCUAAAGAAGUCUCAAUCCAACACUGAAUGGUUAACCAAAAGAUACAAAGAAGAACCCUCACUAAUUCUUGAAGAAAGGUCUUUGAAAAUGGCUGAGAUUUGGAAGCAAUCCACAAAGCAAAUUGGGAAGACUGGAAUUGGUUACAUUUGUGACACAGCAACCAAAGUAAAAUAA